UCAAGAGCAGAGAAAGGCUGAGAGCAUUGGGCUAGGGUGGCCCGACUUAAAGGGACAGGCUCCCCAUUCCUCAAGACCCUCUAAGCUGCCCCCUCCAGGGCUCCAUCUCUUGUCUCCCCAUCCCUAUGACCUCUCCUUCUUGAGGCCACCAUCGGGUCUCUUCUGAGGGGUCCUUCUCUCAACAUGAACUGCAUCUCAGAUUUCUUCACCUACGAGACCACCAAGUCGGUGGUUGUGAAGAGCUGGACCAUUGGAAUCAUCAACCGCGCCGUUCAGCUUCUGAUCAUCUCCUACUUCGUGGGGUGGGUUUUCUUGCACGAGAAGGCGUACCAGGUGCGGGACACAGCCAUUGAGUCCUCGGUGGUGACCAAGGUGAAGGGCUUUGGACACUAUGCCAACCGAGUCAUGGACGUGUCUGAUUAUGUGACCCCACCCCAGGGCACCUCCGUCUUUGUCAUAAUCACAAAGAUGAUUGUAACCGAAAACCAGAUGCAAGGAUUCUGCCCAGAGAGCGAGGAGAAGUUCCGCUGUGUGUCAGACAGCCAGUGCGGGCCCGAGCGCUUCCCAGGGGUGGGGAUCCUCACGGGCCGCUGCGUGAACUACAGCUCUGAGCUCCGGACCUGUGAGAUCCAGGGCUGGUGCCCCACCGAGGUGGACACGGUGGAGAUGCCUGUCAUGAUGGAAGCUGAGAACUUCACUAUUUUCAUCAAGAACAGCAUCCGUUUCCCCCUCUUCAACUUUGAGAAGGGAAACCUCCUUCCCAGCCUGACUGCCGCCGACCUGAAGACAUGCCGCUUCCACCCCGACAAGGCCCCCUUCUGCCCCAUCUUGCGGGUGGGAGAUGUGGUCAAGUUCGCGGGGCAGGAUUUUGCCAAAUUGGCCAGCACGGGAGGAGUUCUGGGCAUUAAGAUCGGCUGGGUGUGUGACCUGGACAAGGCUUGGGACCAGUGCAUCCCCAAAUAUUCCUUCACCCGGCUCGACAGCGUUUCUGAGAAGAGCAGCGUCUCCCCAGGCUACAACUUCAGGUUUGCCAAGUACUACAAGACGGAGAACGGCAGUGAGUACCGCACGCUUCUGAAGGCUUUCGGCAUCCGCUUCGAUGUGCUGGUGUAUGGGAAUGCUGGCAAGUUUGACAUCAUUCCCACCAUCAUCAGCUCCGUGGCAGCCUUCACCUCUGUGGGAGUGGGGACUGUCCUCUGCGACAUCAUCCUGCUCAACUUCCUCAAGGGGGCCGACCAGUACAAAGCCAAGAAGUUUGAGGAGGUGAACGAGACCACGCUGAAGGUCACGGCCUCGGCCAACCCGGUGUACGCCAGCGACCAGACCACAGAGGAAAAGCAGUCCACGGACUCAGGCGCCUACUCCAUUGGCCACUAGGGCCUCUUCUGUGGGCCCCCCUCUCACCCUUGGGCUCCAGGCCUCCCAACAGAGGGUCCCACCUGGGCAAGGGGAGAUGGGAGAGGGGAGAGGCUCUCAUUUUUGCUGCUCACCCCUUGAGACCACAGCCGGGACCGGGUGUCUGGCCUUCCCACUGCUCUACAGACAGGUCCUGUUCCCACUAAGACCUCAGUCUCACCUUCACCCCUCGCCUCACCCCUCUGUGCUUCCCAGAACCCCCAGGGCAGUG